UCAUCUACUAUCCUCUGGUUCCCUCCUCCAUUGAAGAAAACAAAACACAGAGAGCUAGAGAAAGAGAGAGAGAGAGCAUUAGAACAAUGGCGGCUAAUUCAAUCUGUUCGUCUUUUUCAGUGCAUUCAAUGGCGAACAAGAAGCCUUCACCUUCUGCAGCAAGAACCAUAACUUCAAAGAAGGGCACAACAAGUGGACAGGUGAAGCUGCUGACAAGAGUCGAGCAGCUCAAGCUUCUGACCAAAGCCGAAAAGGCUGGUCUUUUAUCCUUAGCCGAGAAAUCAGGUUUCUCUCUCUCCACCAUCGAGCGUCUCGGACUGCUCACCAAAGCCGAGGAGUUCGGCGUUUUGUCCGCCGCCACGAACCCCGAAACGCCUGGAACGCUGUUCACCCUGAGCAUCGGUUUACUCCUACUCGGACCGGUUUUCGUCUACUUGGUCCCUGAAGAUUACUCUUGGCAAGUGGUGGUUCAGCUCGUCGUGGCUCUCGUCUCUGUCCUCGGUGGCUCUGCUGCUUUCGCUGCUUCUGGUUUUGUCUCCAAUUUGCAGAAAUCUGAUUAACCAACCCGGUUAUUUCGAUUUUUGUUUAAACCGGGUUGGGUUUUUGUAUCGGAUUCGCUCGUGUAUUUGAAUCUAAAUUGCUUUAAGCUCAUUUCAAUGUU